UGGAUACAUUUGGAAAAUUUCAAGUGCACAUGUAUAUUACAGAACAAUGUUAAUAUCCCAUAUUAUAUUUUUCAUCCAAACAACGAAAAUGUGGACCUCUCAGUAUGUUUUCAUUACUGUGAAGAAGAAUGUGUUCAGUAUCAUGUGGUGAAAAAAGGAAUGGCAGUAGAACGAACUAGGUCCAGCAGUUGGAUUUUCUUAUUGCUCGUCUUGCAUCUCACGAUUUACUGGUUCAGUGCAGUCCGGAUAAGAAGGUAUUCAAAAGAAAACCGUAACCAAUUCAGAAACCGGAAGUCACGUGACCGAAUGUCGACAGCAUUUACAUCUGUUAUUAAAGGUACCAAUGAUGUCAUGGUUUUCUCUGCCUCUGGAACCGAUUCAGACAUUAAGAUAGUCUCCAUUGUGGAUAUGGAUGCCCCUCCCCGGUCUUUUAUGUGUGUAACAUGGUCGGAGGAUAAACUCAAUACAAGAACCAAUGCUACCUUACUCUUGUGUCCAGAAAGUCACGGACUGCGGUUUACGGCAGCCAUCUUUUCUUGUAAAGUGCCAAAUACCCGUAUGCCACAUGCAGUUUCCCUCGUCACAGAGGACUGUGAGAAACCAGUGAAUGUUUUACCAGUUAUAUAUAACUCAAACAUAGAACGAACGUUCACAGUGUGCGUCUCUCCUCUACACUCCGUGUACAGCAAGGCUUAUCAACUGGUGGAAAUGAUUGAGUUUAGUUCUAUCUUAGGAGCAGAUCAUUUCUUUUUCUAUAACUAUAGCACGAAUUGGAAUGUGGAUAUUGUGCUAAAACACUAUGAAUCUAUAGGACUUGUAUCUGUGGUUCAGUGGAACUUACCGAUGACGAAAAAUCGGACAGACGAACCAGAUAUUCAUUACUAUGGUCAGCUGGCAAUGCUUAACGACUGCUUGAAUCGAAACAGGGGAGCCAGCAGGUAUGUUGUGUUUCAGGAUCUCGAUGAAAUCAUCAUUCCCCAAAACCACAAAUCCUGGCACAAUUUGUUAGAUUCUCUUCCUGCAAACAUGUCCUCCUACAUGUUUCGAUCUGCAUUCUUUAGGUUAGAUUGGCCAGAUGCAAGAACAAACUCAAAUGUAUCUAAAAUGGCAAAAUCAUACAAAGCGUAUGCAUUCCUUAAACGAUUCAGAGAGAAUGAAAUAUAUGGACGAGCUACACGAUCAAAAUAUAUCGUUGACCCGUUACAAGUGGAAGUAGUUGGUAUACAUAAUGUAUGGAAGUUCAAGCAGGGUGGUAGGCCAUUCUAUGUACCACCAGAGGUAGCUCUGGUUCAUCAUUAUCGUACAAACGAGAGGAAAACAGGACGUGUUAAGGAUGACAGUGUACUGAACUUCCAAAACGUGCUCACAAAGAUAAAAGAGACUUGGAGAUCGUUAGGUGACACACCAUUUGGACCAGUGCAUUAGUCUCCAUUUUCUUUCUCUUUUCUCCAGAUUAGGUGUUGAAUUCUAACGAUACAUAAAAAACAUUGCAAUGAACAAUUUUUUUUGUUUCAAAUGUAUAACGUGGUU